AUGCAUCAUUACGUAGCCGCUGCAAUUGUCGUGAUUUUCAUUUUUGUAGCUUCUUACCUUCUCAAACCAAAAAUUAUUGUUGAUCCCCGAAGGCCUGAAAGAGUAUACAGAAGUGAUGAGUGCUUACUCUGCUUAGAUCGUGUAAAUAAUCCAGUUCAAACUUCAUGCGGACAUGAAUAUUGUGGUCAAUGCAUUAUACAAGUCUGGAAGCACGACAGAUCUUUGUCAUGCCCAGCUUGCAGAACAUCAGUUCAUUUGCUUUUCCCUGAUUUUCAAGAAACAGAAGAAACAAAAGAACUAAUGAAAGAAAUUAUUAUUUAUUGGACAUUUUACUUAUUUAUAGGUAUAUAAGCCUAAUUUUAGCCUGAAAAAAUAUUUUUUCAUAAGAAAAAUGGAUGAUUUAGUAUAAUACAUUCAAUUCAGAUCGCUAUCCAAGGACGAUCUGGCAAACCAUUGUAGAGGCUCCAACGCUGCUAUUAAGGUUUAUUAUAAGUGGGGAUUUUUUGAGGAUUUUCAGGUUUUGGAAAGUUAUUUUACUUGUGGCGUUUUGUGUAGUUUAUGUAAUGCUACCUGAAGAUAUAAUAAAUGAAGCUGAAGUUGGGCCUAUAGGAAGUAUCGAUGACCUUGUGGUAGCGAUAUUGUCACUUCUAUGUGCGUCGAUUUCUUAUUAUAACAGAAUUAGAAGGCUAUCUGCUGAUAGAUUAGUAGCCAAUUAA